GGUAAUUUAUUGAAAUAAGUAGGUGUAGUCUAGGUUUAAAGGAAAAACAAGCAAGGCAAAGUGCAACAAAGGGAAGUUGGGUGUACAUGGGGUGGCUUAGUCCCCUUUUCAGGCAAAAAACUGAGUCAAUCCGGGUGCUGUAGGUUGAGAGGGAGGGAGGGAUGGAUUUGGGUGCUUUGAGUUGUCUAGGAAAUGUGGAUUUGUAGUAUGUGCCUAUUUAUAAAGAUGUGCAGCAAGUGAUAGGUUUGCCAGGACAAUUAAAAUUGUCAGAAGCUUCGAUCACUGGGAUAGGACUCUAUGUUAAGUUUCAUAAGGCUUUUGAAGAGGCAAAACCAGAGAGGAAUGAAGAAAAUGCAAUGAGAUGGCAAGCCACCAGGAAAGGUGUUUGCUUGACGGUGGAAUCCUUUUACCACCUUUUGACUUUAGCACCUAGGGAGAAUUUAAAACCAAAUUUCCUUGGAGCUGGAGAAUAAUGUGAACAUCGGUUGUACCCAUGGAUAAUUGGUUGGGUGGUUAUUUUCUUUGGCACUGUGGUGUGGAUAUGGAAAAAGAAAAAAAUCACUAGAAACACAGAGUUUACAUAAGUUAUUCAGUGGAAUAGAGACAAAAUCCCAAGAUGCUGAUUGUCAAUUCUGAUUUGCAAGGGCUUCACAAUAGGGAUCUCUCUUUAUCCUUAUAUGCCAUAGCAUUUGUAAAGGAAAAUGACCCAGAAGCUAAAAACGCCAGGAAGCUUCUUGAAUGUUUGAGUGAAAGCUCAUUAACGAAAGAAAAGCCUCUGAGGCAAAGCAUGCGUUGGACAGCCUUGAAGUUCCAGUUGGGUAAGAUAAUGGUUUUCAGUAACCAGAUUGGACUCUUUGAUUGAAUAGCUGUGUGAUUGUUGAAGAUGGGAACGUUAUUGCGGCAGGAAGUAACCGGACUAACGAGACACGGAAUACAUGCAGAGAUGGAAGCUCUUGAUAUUCUUCUUGUACAGUGGCAGAGGACUGGAUUUACGGCUGCAGAAGUUGCAGAGAAGUUUUCAGCAUGCUUCCUUUAUGUGACAUGUGAACCAUGCAUAAUGUGUGCAGCAGCAUUAUCGAACAUUGGUAUAAAGGAAGUAUAUUAUGGUUGUGCAAAUGAUAAAUUUGGAGGCUGUGGCUCAAUACUGUCUUUGCAUUCAAGUAGCUCUGAGGCAUGUUUUAGCUCCAAAGCCUCACAGGUCACGGGUUACUCAGGCUUAAAAUUAGAUCUGCGUGCAUUGAUUCUUCCUGUUGAAUCUUCUCAUGCCUUUGCACUACUAGGUGAAAACUUUGAACUUAUGAUUCCUUGCUUUUCUGAAAAUCAUGUACAUCAUGUAGAGAUGGAACGAUUAUUGGUUACUUGUGCGUAUAACAAGUGUAGCGCAUGGCGUGACCUUGCUGUAUUUUAGCCUUUUAGCAACAGAAUGGCAUGGAUUAGGGUGCUGUGGCAAUGUUUCUUGCUGUGGCUGUAUGAUAUGAUGCUCAUGCGACUUUUGAGUAUACCUACAGCUAUAAAUUCGCUUGUAUGGUGUUUGCCAAUGACGAUGAGGCACUAUUAAGGUCUUAGAGAUGAAGUUAGACAACAUACUUGUUCUUUGUUCCUGAUUGUUGGUUUAUUUUGAUUAUUUUGUUCAUUGUUCUUAAUCCUGUCGCCAUCUCUUCAUUUGACUAAAACCUAAAGUCAAACUUGCAGUUCAAGGUAGUUCCUAUUCUUAAGGUGAACUCAUGGAAAAAUUACUUUCAAACUAUAGUUUUGUGACUCUUUGUAUUCUACAUUAAAGUACAAAUCUGGAUGUGAGAUCAUUGUUGCAGAUUCGGCAUAGUAA